CGCACGUCUCCACUAUGCCUGUCUCCUAGAAUGCAGUGACGUAUCCUUGGAACGCUUGACCGAGCGUUGGUCGUGAGCCCUGGGCUGGUAGAAUGAGGCGAUGCUAUUGGCCGAAAGACGAUUAUUUUAUCCAAUGGCAUUGCGCAUAGAUUGACAGUCUCCAAGGCGCAGCGUGAUGGACAAGGACCGCAAGGACGAACCUGACCCGUAUGCGGCGCUGCGGCAGACCGUAGGCGACACGCUCACGCGUCUUCGCGACGACGUCGACAGCAACCUCGUCGUGUUUCGCUAUGGCUGCAUGGUCACGAUGCUCGGCUGCGUCUACGUGACUGUACGCUCGACUGGCGCGCUCACGCGUUUUUCGACGAUUCCGACGCUGCCACUCGGGAAGAAGGUCGUCGCGCGCGUCGUGGGCCAGCACCCCAAGGACCCUACCGUGCUCUACGUCUACCACACGCCGUUCCUUCGGCGCGUGUUCUUGCGCGAGACGCUGCCUCGCGGCAUGUCUGGCCACGAGCUCAUCGGUGACCCGACCAAGUGCGGCGUCCUCGCCGUCCGGCCAUUUGGCGUGCAGUUCGAGACCGACGACGUUUUGUACUCGCACCUUGUGUCCAAGCAGCGCUACGUCAAGCUCGAGAUGCUCUACCGGACCAAGGAACCGGAUCUCGGCGUCUGUGCCAUGUCCACACGCAGUUACAUUCGCCGCCAGGACGUGGCCGAGACGGCCGUCUCGCAAGGCGUUGGUGUCUGCCGCGUCGAGUCGUUUGCAGAAACGGGUGUCACGAGCGCAAGCUGCGUCCCCAAGAUGGAAGCCCGCGCCCAGCGACUCUUGCACUGCGAGAAGCACGCGCAGACCAUGCGCUUUGGUCGCUGGAAGGACUGGCAAGAAGACGAGCUCAGCCAGCGGAUCGUCUCGGCGGGCAAGCGCGCGUCCAACGCAGCGCUGCACAAGGUGUUUGGCGUCUUCAAGUCGUAAGCAUCUCAAUGCCAGUUUCAGGACAUGGAGUCCGUCGCACGCU